CCGCGGCUCCGCCCCCUGCUGUCGUCACCACAGCUGCUAGCUCGUCGGUUAGCGUGCUAACAGCGGUCGGCAGUGAUGAGACAGAGACAGGAUGAGACAGCAAACCUGCGAAUGAAGCCAUUUCAGCAUCCUCACGCAGGCCAGAGAGCAGAAAGCGGCGUAGAGCGGAUUUAAACCCGGAUUCGAGUCCCUGCUCAGUCUCAUCAGGAGCUCGGAAGAGCGUCUGCGGCGCGGAGGUGAUGUCGACGGUCUGUUUGUGUUCAUUUAUCAGCUGUUACUGACGCGUGUCACUUCUGUCUGGACACACGCUGCUGGGGGACCGCUGUUUAAUGUGCUGAGCACGAGCUAGCUGGCGUUAUUUAGUAUAAUCACUCGCUGAGCAUCUGUUGGAGGAGCUGUCAAACUCGUGCUUGUUCUUUAAAUGGGGACUAAAAGCGGCUUCCUAACGACGUCACUGCACGGACUGUAGUGUGUCCACCAGGGUCAGUACACCGUUCACCGUAUUUACAUCCGUACAAGAGAGUAUUUCAGAGAUGCAUCACUCUGAGUCCAGCGGCGAGUUGCCCGGCAGCAGGAGGAUGUCCCACCCGUCAGUGUUCCCCGGCCGCAGGGGCAGCGGCGCUACCGUCCCGUCCGAUGACCACCAGACGUCCCCCGGGCCGCAUCACCCCCCCCACAGCCUCAGCAUCCAGAUCUCCGGGACGCAGGUCAAGAAGAAGAGCGGCUUCCAGAUCACCAGCGUCCUGCCCGCGCAGGUGUCCGCCAGCGCCAACAACAGCCUCGCCGACGACACCGAGAGCUACGACGACCUGGACGAGUCUCACACCGAGGACCUGUCCUCGUCCGACAUCCUGGACGUCUCGGCGUCCCGGGCCACGGACACCGGCGUCCCUGAGAGGAGCUCGUCGGAGGAGACGCUGAAUAGUUUGCACGGGGGCGAGACGCCCGGAGUCACGUCGCCCAAUGAGCCGGUGAUGCAGGGGUACAUGGUCAACGGCGUCCACCAUCAUCAUCAUCAUCAUCAGAAGACUGGACGACCCGCGGCUCCUGCAGCUGUCCCCGCCGUCCAGCAGGCUCCGGGCUCGAGCGGGCGCUCCGCGGUGGAGGCAGGCGGAUCCGCGGCGUUGAGCCACAGCCCCGCACCGUUACCUGACACCGCCGGUGUUUCCGUCCCCGCUGGGACGACGGUGGCGCCCGCAAAUCCUCCGACCGCGAGCGCCGUGACCACCGCCUCUCGCUUCAGGGUGGUGAAGCUCGAUUCCAACUCGGAGCCGUUUCGGAAGGGACGCUGGAUGUGUACGGAGUACUACGAGAAAGACGCCCCGGCUGGAGACGCCGCGGCCGCCGCAGCUGUCGCUCACAGAGCGGUGGAGAGCGUCAUUCAGUCUGAACACGAGACCACGAGCGGCAGCUCCUCCGGAAGCACUCUGAGCGGCGGAGGAGACGGUCAGCAGGCUCACGCUCAAGACCCAGGCGCUCAAGCGUCCGCCGCCGGACAGACCGUUGUGUUGGGUGUUGAGAGUUCAUCUCCGUCGCUUCGACCGUACAGUGUAGAGGCCCAGAGCAACGCCAAACCUCCGGUGUCCGUCAGCCAGAGCGCGCUUCCUCCGGUGGAGUACACCCCGCGGCCGGCGAGCGUCCAGCCUCUUCAGAUUCCUCCAGUGUCACCCAGAGCUGUGCCAGGAGCCGUCGGGAUACCAGGGCUUCCUCCGGGGCCCGUGUCUCCGAGGCCCCAGGUUCCCGGCCCACAGAUGAGCAUCAACCCGGACCCGACCGGAGCCCAGCUGUCUUCAUCCAGCACGCCUUCGUCAGCCGCUCAGAGCAACCUGCAGCCGCUGCUGCACGGGGCCACCCUGAGAGCCCCGCUCCCGCCGGCGGGCCCCGCGUAUGUGACGGCCUCGCAGCUGGAAGAUGCCCAACGACUGCUGCUGCAGCACCACACGCUGCUGUCACUGCCACGGCUGGCCGCAGGGGGCAUGACCGGCCUCUCAGGGCCGACUGCGUCUGAUGCUGCUGCCGGCGCUUUUGCGGUCUCAGCAGGUGCAGAUGAAGACAGUUCCUCCGGAGCCAGUGUCGUGGCCAUAGAUAACAAGAUCGAGCAAGCCAUGGACCUGGUGAAGAGUCACCUGAUGUACGCGGUGCGUGAGGAGGUGGAGGUGCUGAAGGAGCAGAUCAAGGAGCUGAUGGAGAGGAACUCUCAGCUGGAGCAGGAGAACACGCUGCUGAAGAACCUGGCCAGUCCCGAGCAGCUGGCGCAGUUCCAGGCGCAGGUCCAGACCGGAUCGCCCACCGCAGGGGCCCCGCCGGCCCUCCCGCCCAACCCGGGCCCCGGACCCACCGCCUGACUACCUCUGUGUGAGCGGACUCCACAAUCAUCCAGGCCACUGUCGGUCAUCACAGACGCUGCUUAUCAAACGUCACCAGCCUCAGACAAUCAGUACUGACCCGGACGGACACGCGUGACCUCCUGAGCAUCACGUGCGCAUGCGGGUCAGUAUUAGCCGAGCCGGUGGCGUCAAUCAUUGCCACAUUCAACUUGUGUUCGUACGGUGUUUCCAGUCGCUCUGCUGGUUUUGUUACUGGUUUUAUCGGUUUGGCUUUUAGUUUUUUUCCUCUAGCUGUAUUGAAUACAUAAUGAGCACUUUGCAGUCGACACAUGUGAAUAAGACCAAACGAGCACCGCCGUGAGGACGAGCGUGACCUUUGACCCGUGAACCCUUCACCUCUGUGUCGUGUGUAAAAAUAACGGUGGACUGUGAAUCAGGUUUCAGGCUCACGAUGAGGACGGACUUUCUGUGUGCUCAUGAACGAGUUCUGCUCUGGUUAAGUUAUUUGCCUUGCCUCUGGUCACCCGUAAGUCUGUCAGUGAUCGUGACCUUUGACCUCACAGUAUGUGCAUGUUUACUUCAUAACAAUGUGACGUCAUGCAGUUGCACAUCGACUUUAAUAAAUGAGAAGGAAUCAA